UGAUCAGGAAUCUCAAAGUGACUGAAAUCACAACAAAAUCUGUGUUUCUGAUAUGGGAAGAACCAGUUGGAAAUAGAUCUUUAUUUAAAAUUCAGUGGACUGGUGAUAAAACAACUGAGAAUUCAACAUCUAGUAACACUUCCUAUCACAUCACUAAUCUGACUGCUGGAGUCAAUUAUUCAUUUAACAUUACAGCUAUUGCGGCAGAUAAAUCAACAGAAGGAGAAUCAGUGGUUACCUCAAACUAUACUAAGCCUGACGUCAUAAUAAACCUCACAGCUGAUGAUAUUACAGCAUCCUCUAUCUUACUAAACUGGACUAAACCAAACGGCCAAAGCUCCCGUUACCGUGUAGAAUAUGAAAAUAACAAUGUGACUACUAAAAACACCUCCAUCAAAAUAGAUCAUCUGACUCAUGGGGCACAUUACACAUUCAGAGUGUUUGCAGUUGCAGCUGAUCAUGUGACAGAGGGGAGAGCCAGUCAGAUUUCACUUUAUACCAAGCCAGAUGUGAUCAAGAAUCUCAGAGUUUCUGAAAUCACAACAUCUUCUGUGUUUCUGACAUGGGAUGAACCAGUUGGAAAUAGAUCUUUCUUUAAAAUUCAAUGGACUAGUGAUCAAAUAAAUGGAUUUUCAGCAACUACUAACACUUCCUAUAACAUCACUAGUCUGACUGCUGGAGUAAAUUACACAUUUACCAUCAUUGUUCUUACUGCAGAUAACAUAGGAGAAAGUGAACCUUUUUGCAUCUCAAAAUAUACUGAGCCAGAUGUGAUCAGGAAUCUCAGAGUGUCUGAAAUCACAACAUCAUCUGUGUUUCUGAUAUGGGAAGAACCAUUUGGAAAUAGAUAUUUCUUUAAACUUAAUUGGACUGAUGAGAAAACAUCUAACCAUGUAAUAACCAAUAACACAUGGUAUAACAUCACUGGUCUGACUGCUGGAGUCAAUUACACAUUUAACAUCGCAGCUGUUGCAGCAGAUAAAUCAACAGGAGCAUCAGUGGUUACCUCUAAAUAUAUGAAGCCUGACAUCAUAAUGAACCUCACAGCUGAUUAUAUUACAACAUCCUCUGUCUUACUUAACUGGACUAAACCAACUGGCCAAAGCUCCCGUUUCCAUGUAGCAUAUGAAAAUAACAAUGUAACUACUGAAAACAGCUUCAUCGAGAUAAAUUAUAUGAUUCCUGGAGCACAGUACACAUUCAGAGUGUUUGCAGUUGCAGCUGAUCAUGUGACUGCGGGGAAAGCAAAUCAGAUUUCACUGUAUACCAAGCCAGUGAUGGUCAGGAAUCUCAGAGUGACUGAAAUCACAAUAUCAUCUGUGUCUCUGACAUGGGAUGAACCAGUUGGAAAGAGAGAUUUUUUUAGAAUUCAAUGGACUGAGAAAAUGACACAUGUAACAGCUACUAACACUUCCUAUCACAUCAAUGAUUUGACUGCUGGAGUCAAUUACACAUUCUGCAUCACUGCUGUGGCAGGAGAUAAAUCAACAGAAGGAGAAACUUUCUGCAUCUCACAAUAUACCAAGCCAAAUGUGAUCAGGAAUCUCAAAGUGACUGAAAUCACAACAACAUCUGUGUUUCUGAUAUGGGAAGAACCAGUUGGAAAUAGAUCUUUAUUUAAAAUUCAGUGGACUGGUGAUAAAACAACUGAGAAUUCAACAUCUAGUAACACUUCCUAUCACAUCACUAAUCUGACUGCUGGAGUCAAUUAUACAUUUAACAUCACAGCUGUUGCGGCAGAUAAAUCAACAGAAGGAGAAUCAGUGAUUACCUCAAACUAUACUAAGCCUGACGUCAUAAUAAACCUCACAGCUGAUGAUAUUACAGCAUCCUCUGUCUUACUAAACUGGACUAAACCAAACGGCCAAAGCUCCCGUUACCGUGUAGAAUAUGAAAAUAACAAUGUGACUACUAAAAACACCUCCAUCAAAAUAGAUCAUCUGACUCAUGGGGAACAUUACACAUUCAGAGUGUUUGCAGUAGCAGCUGAUCAUGUGACAGAGGGGAGAGCCAGUCAGAUUUCACUUUAUACCAAGCCAGAUGUGAUCAAGAAUCUCAGAGUUUCUGAAAUCACAACAUCAUCUGUGUUUCUGACAUGGGAUGAACAAGUCAGAAAAAGACCUUUCUUUAAAAUUCAAUGGACUGGUGAUCAAAUAAAUGGAUAUUCAGCAACUACUAACAGCUCCUAUAACAUCACUAGUCUGACUGCUGGAGUCAAUUACACAUUCUCCAUCACUGCUCUUACUGCAGAUGACGUAGGAGAAAGUGAACCUUUCUGCAUAUCAAAAUAUACUGAGCCAGAGAUAGUCAGGAAUCUCAGAGUGACUGAAAUCACAAUAUCAUCUGUGUCUCUGACAUGGGAUGAACCAGCUGGAAAAAGAGAUUUUUUUAGAAUUCAAUGGACUGAGAAAAGGACACAUGCAACAGCUACUAACACUUCUUAUAACAUCAGUGAUUUGACUGCUGGAGUCAAUUACACAUUCUGCAUCACUGCUGUGGCAGGUGACAAAUCAACAGAAGGAGAAACUUUCUGCAUCUCACAAUAUACCAAAUCCCCUGAGUCGAACACUUGGCUGAUUGUUGGUGUAGUUUUGGCAGCGAUUUGUUUUGUCUUUAUUAUCAUUCUGAUUCUCUUCUUCUAUUCAAAAAGACAAACAAAGGAUCAGUAUCCUGACAUCCCUUUACACAUUUUUAGUAAUACUGCUAUGAGAACAGAUGAUUAUGAAGACCACUUUAAGCAGAAACAUGCAGAUGGUUUUGCUGAAGAGUAUGAGAAGUUGAAAACUGUUGGAAUAGCACAGUCAAAGAACGCUGCCCUGGCUAUUGAAAACAAGAAGAAGAACCGUGACAGCAAUGUAUUACCUUAUGAUGCUUCAAGAGUCAAGUUAUCAGUAUGUGGCAGCCCCUUUUAUGAUUACAUCAAUGCCAGCUAUGUCCCAGGCUACAAGUCAAGAGAAGAGUUUAUAGCUACUCAGUGUCCAUUGCCCACCACAGUGGAUGAAUUCUGGAGAAUGAUCUGGGAGAAGAACAUCUACACCAUAGUGAUGCUGAACAAAUGCAAUGAGCAGGGAUGAGUAAUGAAAUGUGAGAAGUACUGGCCAUCUGGCACUAAUAAUUAUCAUAACAUCUCUGUGACAACCACCUCAGAGACAGAACUGGAGAAUUGGAUCAUAAGAGACUUCGAAAUCAAAAAUGUGAAAACAGAAGAAACUCGUAACAUAUGCCAGUUCCACUUCACCGAAUGGCCAGAUUAUGGAAUUCCAACGGCCACUGAAGUCCUCAUUGAAUUCAGAGGCCUGGUAAGAAAACACAUGGACCAGUACUCACGCCACUCUCCAGCUGUGGUCCAUUGCAGUUCUGGUGUGGCAACAGGGGUCUUCAUUGCCAUUGACCACCUGAUCUUCCAGAUUGAAAGAGACAGUAUGGUGGAUGUCUAUGGAAUUGUUACUGAUAUGCAAAUGCACAGGCCUCUCAUGGUGCAGACUGAGGAGCAAUAUUCUUACCUCCACCAGUGUGCGUAUGACAUAAUUCGAUCAAGAACUGGAACAAACAUGGAUUUAAUUUAUCAGAAUGCAGCAGCACCCCAGAUCUAUGAGAAUACAGAAUAUCUAAAACAACAAUAAAAUGUCCCUUGUUGACUGAUUAGACAGAUUUAAGAUUGUAUAAAGCACAUUUUAAACUUGAUUUCAAAAUAAUGAAAUCCACACUUUACAUAUAGUUGGAUGUAAUUUAUUUCCUGCAAAAUAUUCAAAAUAUGAGUAACAUUUUAAUUUGAAUAAAUAAAUUAAAAACGUUAAAAACACUGAAAAUGCUGAUACACUUGAUCAGGUAAAUAUGUCUAAUAUUUUAAUCAAGAGAUUUUUUUUCUACUUUCAUUUUUAUGUUAUUUUAUUUUACUUUUCCAAAGAUAAUAUUUGUAUAAUUUGGCAUUAUAUAUUUACUGUAACCCCUGUACAUUUCACAAAACAUUUAUCACGUGUUAUUUAAGAGAAUAUGUUAUAUAUGGGACAGUUUUAUGCUUAUUUUCAACAUUCUUUGCUGGUCAAGAUUAUUCGCUUGGGAUUUGUAAUGUACUGUAUAUACUUAUUAAUGUUGCACUGAAUAUCAGCACAGCUAUGAUAACCUGCACUCUUACUCAUGUAAUAUUGCUUAAAUAUAUUUUAUAAAG